AUGGACAACACCGACUCGCCCUUACUCCUCCUUUCACUCAAUCUCUCCGACUCAGAGCCCGACGAAGCCUCUGGACCCUCUGCAAGCACAAGCACUGCUGAUAACAAUCACCCCGACCACCAACAACAGAACCAACCAACCCGUGCCGAACGCACCGCUCUGUCCGACGAAGACUUCCGAGCGCUGAAGCAAAGCUACCGUCCCAAACUCGAAAACGGCAACAUCCACGCAACAAUCCAGCUCCCGCUCUCCAGCGCUGAACCGCUCCUCCCUAAACCCGAAGCCCAAGAGCUUCUGCACGCGGUCGAGGAGCUGUACUUCUUCCGGCGCUACCGCGAGGCAGCGGCGUUUGUCCGGGACGUGUUGCGCGACGGCGAGGCUCGGGUCGACGAAGAGACGAAGCGGCUGUUGCGGUACUAUGAAGGGAGGUGUUUGGCGAGGCUUGGGGAGUUGGACGGACAGCCCGUGGGGUAG